CCAUCUUGGUUCCAGGUGACGAGGUGUUGCAGUGGAAUGGAAAGUCGUUGCCGGGAGCAACAAAGAAAGAAGUGUACAACAUUAUCCUUGAAUCCAAGGCUGAACCUCAAGUGGAAAUAGUUGUUUCAAGGCCUAUAGGCGACAUCCCAAGAAUCCCAGAGUCCUCCCACCCUCCUCUAGAAUCUACAGGCUCCAGUUCCUUUGAGUCGCAAAAGAUGGACCGACCCUCUAUAUCGGUGAUGUCCCCGACCAGCCCUGGGACCCUCAGAGACCUUCCUGUAGUACUGCCUGGACAGCUCUCUGUUAAGCUGUGGUACGACAAAGUGGGCCAUCAAUUGAUCGUCAACGUCCUUCAAGCCAUAGACCUGCCAACCCGACCAGACGGACGACCUCGGAACCCCUAUGUCAAGAUGUACUUCUUGCCUGAUAGGAGUGAUAAGAGUAAACGACGGACUAAAACAGUGAAGAAGAAUGCUGAGCCCAAGUGGAACCAGACCUUCUUGUAUUCCCACGUUCACCGGCGGGACUUCAGAGAACGCAUGCUGGAGAUCACGGUCUGGGACCAGCCCAGGGUCCAGGAGGAGGAGAGUGAAUUCUUAGGAGAG